AUGGGUAAUAGUCGAUCUCGGAUCGGUCCAACAUCAUUCAAAGUAUUCGAUCUACACACUCGUGUUCGACAAAAAAAUCAACGAGAAGCACUUCAACUUCGUCUAGCAAUAAGAGAUUUGAAUAUCGAUAAGAGUGCACAGUUGACAAAGUAUACGUUUGCUCGUAUGGAAUUGCGAACAAAAUUACAUGAAUUAGAACACGAAAAUGGACAAAGACAGAUGUAUAAACUAUUCGAACAAAAUGAUCGAACGUCAAGGAGUAUUGAUAUGUCAUAUUUUUUCUUUUUUGGCAUAAUCUUCGACUCAUCGAUCGAUACAAUUCAACUUGAUGAUAAUCGUACUACUGAUAUUAGAACAUCUACGACACUCAACAAAGAUACUAAAAAAAGUUUAUUGCUAUAUGAUUUGGACGAAUCUAAAAAACAUCAGCAUAGUUCAUUAUUAGACUUUCCAAUAGACGCAGACGCAAAAAAGAAUGUAAAUACUCCAUUUUACUUAAGAAAAUUCCGUUGGGCUUCUAAACUUAACAAUGUCCCAAUGUCCAGAUUUGAAGCUUCAUCAACAAUGUCAUUGAAACAAUAUUCGGAAAAAAUGAAUCAAGUUAUCAAAAUAGCCAUUGCUAAAGCAGCACGCGACGAACAAGCAAAUGCUCGGCGAGAAACAAGAAAUAAUCCCGUUUAUUAG